AUGGGAGUAGUGGAAGAUUUAAUUCCAUUGUGUGGUUCCAUUAACACCAAGGCGGCCCCGGUCCAACUUCCACCGGGGUACACGGAUGCGUCUAGUCAUGCAGCCGUUCCGGGCUCUGCGAAACUACCUCCAUACGAUAAGGUGAAACCAAUUUAUGUGGAUGUUGCCUACCUCCCAGGUGGCGGUAAUCCGCACUUGGUCGACGCCGAGUUUUUCAAGCGUGUACGGGCCAGGUAUUACGUAGCAACAGAUCCUCGUCCCGGUCCCGCAUUGAUGGAAGCACUAACCGUUGGCAAAGAAUCUUGGACAGGUGCGUGUCUUUUAGUUAUUCUUUUUCUAUCUUUAUAA